CCAAGCCCAUUCACCACCAUGGGGAAGCGUGCCUGAAGCUGAAGGUGACGGUGGCUGGCAAAGGCACUCAGGCACCGCCUGUCCCUGCCUCUACCCAGAAGGGGAGGAUCCAGGCAGAUGAUGCAGCCGCACAUGUGCUGAGGAGUGUGGGGCAGAACUCGGCAAUGAGGGGCAGCAGCCCCUUCACCUUCAUCAGCCUCCUCCUGCCCCUCCUGGUGCCGCAGGGGCUGUGAGCCGCCUCCCUGUGCCCGGAUGGACCGAGGCUGCAUCCGCUGGGGACAGAGCUGGGAUGCUUGGGACCCCUGUGGUCCUCGCGUGUGCCCUUGGGGCGGCCUUCCCUGCGCACGUCUGGGCGAGGAAAGGAUUUGUCAGUAUUACAGGGCCAGAGGGCCCGAAGAUGAGCUGAGCAGCCAAAGCCCUCGGGCUGCCCCGGCCCUCGCAGGCAGGGUGCUCUCGGCAGCCAGAGACUGAGCACGAGCCCAGGGCUUGGAGGGGCUGCAUGCCCUGGACUGGAGGGGAACGGGGGGCUGGCACCCCUGCCCCAGGAGCUGAGCU